AUGGCGAAUGCCCGCAUAGCAAGGUUCAUCACUGAGGUAGCACCGUCACAGUAUGUUAGUGUCAUGAGGCGCAGAGCAUCCAAGAUGAUGGAUACCAUCAAGGAAGAAGAGAGAGACACCACCACUGCCAGCUUUGAUGCUCUCUCCACCAGGUCCCGCACUUUUGCAGCUCCUAAUAACAACACCUCCACUGCCUCUUCCUCUUCUUCUGCUGCUGCUGCUAAAUCCGAGCACUUGCUCACCGGGAUCCAAAGAUCACUUUUUGAUCUCUGA